AUGGCUUCUAUUGGCUUUGCUGAGCCUACCCUCCUCGAACUUGUCCCACCUCUCGUCGGCGAGUCUAAUUUCUCUACGUGGACUACUUCACUCAAGUGGACCCUUGACUCGCGGGACCUGAGAUAUUACGAACUUCUCACCGGCGUGUGGACCGAACCCAGUACAGCCGACCCCACACAGCCCACCCCCAGCGAAGUGGAGGCUCGUACCCAGUGGGAUACUGCCAGUCGUUACCUGCUCCCUUUACUUAACGCCACCGUUCAUGAGACGGUCAAGUUCUACAUCCUUGACGCCAAUAACGCACGUACCGCAUACGCCAACCUCCACCGCGCCUUCGCAGCCCGGUCUUACGAAGCCGGCUUCUCCAAUUUCCUCAAGUUCAUCAACACAACAUACACCUCAAAUAAACCCCAGGCGUUCGUCAACGAGUGGCGCAUGGCCCUCGGCGUGCUGCAAGAGUGUAACUCAACUAAGCUCACGCCACUUCUCAUCUUUUAUCAUUUCCUGAAUGCCGUCAGCGCCAACCCGGCCGCGCACCCGUGGCUCGACGGCUUUCUCAAUUCGAAAGUUUCCACGGAUACAACUAUCGAGUCAACCUUCGCGGAUUUCGUCGUUUCCGAGGAUCGACGCCUUAACAGUCUCAACCAAGCUCACUCUUUUAGCUUGAACAAACAUCACCAUCCUCUCCCUUUCUUUUGUCAGUUUCACAAGCGUCAAGCCGGCCAUUCAUCUGAGAACUGCUUCCGAAACCCGGCCAACCUAACCCAGGGCCCUUUGAAUAAAGUUGCCGCGGCUCCCGCUCAGCAAACAGUCAUGGAGGAGCUGCCUGUCACGCCGAGCAACAUACCCACCAACUAG